UGUCAUUGAGCUCUGACGCGAAGAGAGGGAAGACGUAUCGCGGGCUCAUCAAGAAUGGAGAGUUUUCUUGAGACGUUCAGAAACCUCGACACAUCACAGAAAAUUCUGUAUGUUUUUGGAGGUGCUGCAGUAACCGCCGUGUCGCUCGUGGCCAUAAGGAUACUCACGCUAAAAGAGGAGAAGCGUAAGGAUUACCCCCGGGAUAAAGUGAUCCUUCAUCAGAUCGGUAGAGGUCCCUUUGCCCCCAGCAUGACGCCAUUUGCUGUGAAGCUGGAGACCUACCUCCGGAUGGCCAGGAUACCCUACCAGUCGCAGGGUGCAUCUUUCAACAUCUUUUUGUGGACGAUUCGACGACAUAAUAAAAAACAAACAUGGAAUCAGGGACAUGGUCGCCACACGGAGGAGGAGAUAGUCGAGAUGAUGAACAAGGAUAUCCAGUCUCUCUCCGACUUUGUAGGGAGGAAGAGGUUCCUGAUGGGGGAUGAGCCCAGUGAAGCAGACUGCUCGGUGUUCGGUAUGCUGUCGCAGACAUACUGGCAGUUUUAUGGAUCUGGAUACGAGAAUCUCAUAAAAGAUAGAUAUCCCAACUUGGCCAGCUACUGUGAACGUAUGAAGGACGCAUUCUGGCCUGACUGGGACCAGUGCAUCACACACGGCGGAACAAGGGAGGCAACCAAGUAAAGUGAGAUAACACAGUGACUGAUCGUUCGUUUCCUAAUAAUGAAACCAUGUGAUGUGAUCCAUAAUAUUGAGUUACUAAAGGACGGCUAUAUAUUAACAUUUACUUACACAAGUCCCCACUCAAAGUGAGACAUUUCCCCAUACCCCAACUUUUCUUGUUUUUGUAAGAAUCAAUAAGAGGAAGUUUGGUGGUGGACCCUUUUCACUCUUUACUACUAAUUAUACGGGGGUAUUGUUUGUUUGUUUGUUGUUUUAACGCCACACUCAGCAAUAUUCCAGCUAUACGACGGCGGUCUGUAAAAUAAUCGAGCCUGAGCAUCGAUCCUGGCAAUUGGGAUCGAUGACUUGUAUCAACCAAGUCAGGGAGCCUGACCACUCGAUCCCGUAAGUCGCAUUUUACGACAAGCAUGGUGGCCUUUUACGGAAGGUUUGGGUUGCUGAAGACCUAUCCUAUCCCGGAAUCUUAACAGGUAACGGGGGCAUUGUAAUAAAAUAUACUGUCAUGUUGUCUGAGUGUAGAUAGGAUGUGUGAUUUUAACAAUCACCGUGUAUGACCACAUGGACAAUGGCAGUGAGCAUGUUGAGUAUUGGUGCUUGGGGAUACCAAUGAUAACAGUUUAUUAUUAGAGGAAAAUGGUAGCGAAUGCUAAAUAUCAUGUAUAUUGGAAA